UCAGGUAUUUAGCAUUGUUUGUCUCUGGCAGAAUGAAGAGGUUGGUGAGUCCAGAGGGAGCGCUGUGAAAAAACAUCACUGAGUUCAGAAACUGCAGACAACCCAACAAGAAGAUGAACAGGAAGAAGGAUAAAGCAUUUGAGAGCCCUCGUCCCUUUAAAUUGACUCAUCAGGUGGUGUGCAUCAACAACAUCAACUUCCAAAGGAAGUCCGUCAUUGGCUAUGUUGAGCUGGCCAUUUUCCCCACAGUGGUCAACCUGAACCGGAUCAAACUGAACAGCAAACAGUGCCGCAUCUACAGAGUCAGAGUGAAUGAACUGGAAGCCCCGUUUAUUUACAACGACCCCACCCUGGAAGUGUGCCACAACGAGUCCAAGCAGAGGAACCUGAACUACUUCUCUAGUGCCUACACAGCAGCAGUGAGUGCUGUGGAUCCUGAUGCUGGUAAUGGAGAGCUGGUCAUCAAAGUUCCCUCUGAACUCUGGAAACAAGCAGACGAGCUGAAGGUGCUGAAGGUCUACAUAGAGUUUUCCUUGGACCAGCCCAAAGGGGGUCUCCACUUUGUUGUUCCUGAUGUGGAAGGCAGCAUGGCAGAGAGGGGAGCCCACGUGUUCUCCUUCGGAUACCAGAACUCCACAAGGUUCUGGUUCCCCUGUGUGGACUCCUACUCGGAGCUGUGCACCUGGAAGCUGGAGUUCACCGUGGACGCGUCCAUGGUGGCCGUGUCCUGUGGGGACCUGCUGGAGACCAUCUACACCCACGACAUGAGGAAGAAGACGUUCCACUACGUGCUGCCCAUCCCCACAGCCGCUCCCAACAUCUCCCUGGCUGUGGGACCCUUUGAGAUCCUUGUAGACCCCUACAUGCACGAGGUGACCCACUUCUGCCUGCCUCAGCUGCUCCCUCUGCUCAAACACUCCAUGUCCUACCUGCAYGAGAUCUUUGAGUUCUACGAGGAGAUCCUGACUUGCCGCUACCCUUACUCCUGUUUUAAGACCGUGUUUGUUGACGAGGCCUACGUUCAGGUGUCGUCCUACGCCUCCAUGAGCAUCUUCAGCACCAACCUGCUCCACAGCCCCAUGAUAAUAGACCAGACCCCAGAAACUCGACUCUGUCUGGCUCAGGCCUUGGCUCAGCAGUUCUUCGGCUGUUUCAUCUCCAGAAUGUCAUGGGCUGAUGAGUGGGUGCUGAAGGGGAUCUCUGGCUACAUCUAUGGUCUCUACUUGAAGAAGACCUUUGGAGUCAAUGAGUAUCGACACUGGAUCAAAGAGGAACUGGAUAAGAUAGUUGAGUAUGAACUCCAGAUGGGAGGGGUUUUGUUGCACCCCACUUUCAGCGGAGGCAAAGAAAAGGACAAUCCCACCCCCCACCUUCACUUCUCCAUCAAACACCCCCACACCUUGUCCUGGGAGUACUUCAAGAUGUUUCAGUGUAAGGCCCACCUGGUGAUGAGGCUGAUAGAGAACAGAAUCAGCAUGGAGUUCAUGCUUCAGGUUUUCAACAAACUUCUGAGCCUGGCCAGCACAGCCUCGUCUCAGACGUAUCAGACCCACAUGUGGAGCCAGAUGCUUYUGUCCACUUACGCCUUCCUCAAAUCCAUCUCCAAUGUUUCUGGUAAAGACAUCGGCCCCCUCAUCAAACAAUGGGUAGAUCAGAGCAGUGUGGUGAAAUUCUUUGGCAGCUUUGCCUUCAACAGGAAGAGGAAUGUGCUGGAGUUGGAGAUCCGUCAGGACUACACRUCAUCUGGAACACAGAAAUACGUGGGUCCCAUCAAGGUGACGGUACAAGAACUGGAUGGGUCUUUCAACCACACGYUGCAGAUCGAGGAGAACAGCCUGAAGCAUGACAUCCCCUGCCAYUCAAAGAGCAGAAGAAAUAAGAAGAAAAAAAUUCCUCUGAUGAAUGGUGAAGAAGUUGACAUGGAUUUAUCUGCCAUGGAUGCCGACUCCCCUCUCCUUUGGAUCCGAAUCGACCCGGACAUGUCCAUUUUGAGGAAAGUGGAGUUUGAGCAGGCAGACUUCAUGUGGCAGUAUCAGCUGCGCUAUGAGAGGGAUGUGGUGGCUCAGGAGGAAGCCAUAUCAGCGCUGGAAAAAUUCCCCACUCCUGCCUCCAGACUGGCUCUGACUGACAUCCUGGAGCAAGAACAGUGUUUCUACAAAGUUCGCAUGCACGCCUGCUUCUGCUUGGCUAAGAUAGCCAAUGCCAUGGUGAGCACAUGGCAGGGCCCRCCGGCCAUGAAGUCUCUAUUCACCAGGAUGUUUUGCUGUAAGAGCUGCCCCAACAUYGUCAAGACCAACAACUUCAUCAACUUCCAGAGCUACUUUUUACAGAAGACGAUGCCUGUUGCCAUGGCGUUACUCCGAGACGUGCAGAACCUCUGUCCCAAAGACGUUCUCAACUUCAUUCUCGACCUCAUCAAGUACAACGACAACCGCAAGAACAAAUUUUCAGAUAACUACUACCGCGCACAUCUGAUCGAGGCCCUGACCAACUCUCUCACUCCAGCCAUCAGCAUCAACAACGAGGUGCGGACGGUGGACAAUUUAAAUGCCGAYGUCCGGCUGAUCUUGGAGGAAAUCACACGAUUCUUGAACAUGGAGAAACUGCUGCCAAGCUUCAGGAACACCAUCACUGUUAGCUGUCUGAGAGCUAUCCGUCAGCUUCAGAAGAACGGUCACAUCCCCAGUGACCCAUCACUCUUCAAAUCCUACGCUGAGUACGGACACUUCGUAGACAUCCGGGUUGCUGCCCUGGAAGCUCUGGUUGACUACACAAGAGUUGAAAGGAGCACCACAGAAUUGCAGUGGCUGUUCAACAUGGUCCAGAAUGACCCGGUUCACUAUGUCAGACAUAAGAUUCUGAGCAURCUCUGUAAGAAUCCUCCUUUCACCAAGACGGCAGAUUCACCUCUGUGUAACGAGGCUCUGGUUGAUCAACUCUGGAAGCUGAUGAACUCAGGUACGUCUCAUGACUGGCGGCUGCGCUGUGAUGCUGUGAAUCUCUACUACACUCUSUUUGGUCUGACCCGGCCGUCCUGCCUGCCGCUGCCGGAGUUGGGCCUGGUACUCAACCUGAAGGAGAAGAAGGCGGUCCUGAACCCCACCAUCAAGCCUGAACUGGGAGUCAACGUUGUCAUGGACACACCUGCCAGUAUUGGCAUCCAUGGCGUGGGCAUGAGCUACACAUCUAUGGAUGAAGAACCAGACCCUGUUUCUCUGGGGGUGUGUGGAGUGGGCCAGCCUCCUCAGGGCCUGAAGAGGAAGGCUGAGACCCCGCUGGGCUCUCCACCGGAGCCGGGACAGGUUCUGCAGCAGCAGGAGGAGGAUGGGCGAGCGGGCCGAUACAAGAUCAGGUUCAACACAAUGGAGGAUGAAGAUAUUGAUAUGGAGACAGUUCAUGACAGUCAGGCGUUCAUUCACCAUCAUCUUAACCUGUUAGAGAGGCCCUCUACUCCAG